AUGAACUGCUGUGACAACUCCGGCGCCCGAAAUCUUUACAUCAUCUCCGUCAAGGCCACCGGUGCUCGCCUCAACCGUCUCCCCGCUGCUGGUGUUGGUGACAUGGUUAUGGCUACCGUUAAGAAGGGAAAGCCAGAGUUGAGAAAGAAGGUUAUGCCCGCUGUUGUUGUCCGACAGAGCAAACCAUGGAAGCGACCUGACGGUGUCUUCCUCUACUUUGAGGACAACGCUGGUGUCAUUGUCAACGCCAAGGGUGAAAUGAAGGGAUCCGCCAUCACAGGACCAGUUGGAAAGGAAGCCGCGGAACUAUGGCCUCGUAUUGCCAGUAACUCUGGUGUUGUGAUGUAA